AUGUCAUCAACUCCUGCCGCUCCUGAAGUGGCAGUUUCUGCUCCUAGUGCUGCUGACAAGCUCGUCGUGCCAGAGGGGAUGUCCAAAAAGCAAGCUAAGAAGCUGGCGAAGAAAGCUGCUAAAAAGGGGGGCGCCAAGCAAGAGUUUGAGAACGUGAUCUCCUUUGAUCCACCCAGUGGAACUCGGGACUUUUUCCCGGAGGACAUGCGCGUGCGGAAUUGGCUAUUCAGCCAGUGGCGCGCCGUCUCUACCCAAUAUGGAUUUUCGGAGUAUGAUGCUCCUGUAUUGGAGAAUGAGGAUCUAUACAAGAGGAAGGCUGGGGAGGAGAUUGUCGAACAGAUGUACAACUUCAUCGACAAGGAGGAUCAUCACGUGACACUACGUCCCGAGAUGACGCCGACUUUGGCGAGGAUGGUCUUGUCAAGGGUCAGGAUGAGCGUCCUCCCUUUGAAGUGGUUCUCUAUACCACAAUGUUGGAGAUUCGAGACAACUCAGCGUGGUCGGAAGCGUGAGCAUUAUCAGUGGAACUGCGAUAUCGUCGGCAUCUCUGAUAUCACUGCUGAGCUCGAGCUCUUGGCGACGAUGGUUGGGUUUUUCAAAAGGGUCGGCCUCACCAGUGCAGAUGUUGGUAUCAAGGUGAACUCUCGGGCUAUUCUACAGUCUGUCUUGAAGGCCUCUGGUGUCGGUGCUGAUGAGUUCGCUAAGGUCUGCGUUGUCGUCGAUAAGAUCGAUAAGGUUGGACGGGAGGAGGUCGUUAGGCAAAUGGUUGAGGACAUUGGACUCGACACGGCCGUUGCUGAACGUGUUGUUGAUGCUACUGCCGCUGGGUCUAUCGAGGAGUUCAAGUCGAUCGCUGGAGAGAGCUGCACUGAAGAUGUAGCAGAUGUCGAGAGGCUCUUCGAGUUCGCUAAGAACUACGGCAUUGAUGAUUGGCUCGUCUUCGAUGCAUCAGUUGUCCGAGGCCUGGCAUACUACACAGGUAUUGUCUGGGAGGCGUUCGAUCGAAAGGGUGAACUUCGUGCUAUCGCUGGGGGAGGACGUUACGAUAGGCUUCUGUCGCUGUAUGGAGCCCCAUCGGAAAUACCGUGCGUUGGUUUUGGAUUUGGGGAUUGCGUUAUUUACGAACUCCUUCUAGAACGUGGCCUCCUACCCGAGAUUCCCCAUCGGGUUGACUUUGUUGUAGCGGCUUAUAAAGGGAUGUACGGUCAGGCCUUGGAAGUGGCUGCCGGUCUCAGGUCGAGUGGAGCCACAGUCGACGUGAUGCUUGAGGCAGGGAAGCGUGUGGACAAGCAGUUUAGGUAUGCGGAUCGUGUUGGUGCCGACAAGAUAGCAUUCGUAGCACCAAGCGAAUGGGAGGCGGGUAAGGUCCGCAUUAAGGAUCUCCGCACAGGUGAUUCGGAGGCACGUGUACAAAUAGAUAUACCAGUAGCUGAUCUUGCCAACGCUAAGUCGUAUUUCGAGAAGCAGGCUGAGUGAAUAAGCAGAGCGAAGCGCUGCAUGUUUCGUUUACCACUAGAUACGAUUUCUGGGCACGUCUUGUCUUUCGUCAGCAUUCCUUUCUGUCGGGUUUCUGCUC